CCGGGUUAGCAGGCCAGGAAAAUCCCAGCCCUUGCACACUCAGCCUCCCAUACCUCUCUAUUCACCCACCCUGACACACUCGGCCUCCCUGACCCGCCCUGAACAUUCACCAUCACACACUCCCUGGCACAGUUCUGUCACCCUCGGCUCCUGCGGUCACCCCCCAGCCAUACUGCCAGCCUUUCCCAGAGCUGUAGCCUUGCCCCGUCACUCACCCCAAACCCACCAUGUCCCUGGGGCCACUGGAAUUCCAGGCAGUGGGGGAAGAAAAUGAAGAGGAUGAGGAGGAAGAGAGCCUGGACUCUGUGAAGGCCCUGACGGCCAAGCUGCAGCUACAGACGCGGCGGCCCUCGUAUCUGGAGUGGACAGCCCGGGUCCAGAGCCAGGCGUGGCGCAGGGCCCAAACCAGACCUGGGCUGGGGGGCCCCGGGACCCUCUGCGGCUUCGACUCAAUGGACUCUGCCCUUGAGUGGCUCCGCCGGGAGCUGCGGGAGAUGCAGGCUCAGGACCGGCGGCUGGCGGGGCAGUUGCUUCGGUUGCGGGCCCAGCUGCACCGGCUGAAGGUGGACCAAGCCUGUCACCUGCACCAAGAGCUGCUGGACGAGGCGGAGCUGGAGCUGGAGCUGGAGCUGGAGCCGGGGGCCGGCCUCGCCUUGGCGCCGCCGCUGCGGCACCUCGGCCUCACGCGCAUGAACAUCAGUGCCCGGCGCUUCACCCUCUGCUGAGGGGCACCUGCGUGCCUCCUGAGACCCGCUGGGAAGGAGGAAGGGAGGGGUGCCUCAAAGGCGCCAGCACCUGGCAAGGGGUGGUGGGAGGGUUGGGGGGUCACUCAGUUCUCUGGGAGUAUAAAGCCCCAGCAUCCUGUCAGCCCUGCUGCCCUAGCUUGAGGAGGGGAUGUUGGAGGAAGGGGAGAAGCUCACAGACCGCCCCCCGCCCCAACUCUUCAAUAAAGGCCCUCUCUGCUUCCA